AUGCUUGCUACGGCAUUGUCUCUUCUGAGCUGCUUUCAAGCUCCUCUUGUUGCAGCCGGUCCCGUUUCACGUCGCUCCGACCUUGUUGUCAAAGACUUCCAUCCCGCUCCUAGGGCCUGGACAAAUCUAGGGCCUGCGCCGGGUGAACAUCUGAUCCGCUUGACCAUUGGUCUCUCGCAAAGCCGCUUCGACGAGCUCGAACGACACCUUUAUGAAGUCUCCGAUCCAUCACAUGCGCGUUACGGCCAGCACCUGUCAGCUGAAGAAGUUCAUGACCUUGUGAAACCUUCAGACGAGACGUCCGCAGCUAUCCACGAGUGGCUACAGGAAUAUGACGUUGACAUUGAGCAACUCACCUACAGCCCAGCCAGGGAUUGGAUUACCGUCUCCCUGCCUGUUUCAACAGUUGAGGACAUGCUGAACACAGACUACUCGAUCUGGGAACAUCCUGACGGAUCGACAGUCGUUCGCACUGAAGGCUAUUCUCUGCCCCACUAUGUUCACAAACAUAUCAGCACGAUCCAGCCAACAAACUCGUGGGCUCGACUUGAAGGUCACAAGAAAAGAAACGAGAUCAGCAAGCGCUCGUUGAUCAACAAGCGUAGCUCUCAUGUGCUCGAAGCUGCAGACACUUAUGAACCCCCCGAUUCGGUUCCAUUGCCCGCAAAUUCUACCGUUUAUGCUGCAUGUAAUUUCACCUCGGUGACCCCAGACUGCCUGCGGACUCUUUAUGGCACCAUUGAUUACGAGGUCAAGGCAGCCGGAAAGAAUAAGAUGGCCCACACAAACUACUUGAGCGAGGCCACCAAUCGCUCAGAUAUCGGUAUCUUCUUGUCAAAGUAUCGACCCGAGGCGGCUGCAUAUGCCGACCAGUUUGAGGCCAUUUCCAUUGCAGGUGGCGUCCUAGACAAUGGCACCAACGUCGCCGCGGAGGAUCUGGACCGAGAGGCAGACCUGGACGCUGAUUACAUGAUUGGAAUUGGCUUUCCAACACCCUUGACGGCAUACCACACGGGCGGGAGAGAUCCGUCGUUUGUACCAGACUUGGUGACCCCCACCAACAGUGACGAGCCUUUCCUGGUGUGGGCCAAUUAUAUGGCCGGGCUGCCGGACGACGAGGUGCCUCAAGUCAUUUCCACCUCUUACGGGGACGACGAGCAAACGGUCAGUCGGUCUUAUGCUCAAGCGGUCUGCAAUCAAUUUGCACAACUGGGAGCACGAGGCGUGUCGAUGUUCUUUUCUAGUGGUGAUUUUGGUGUUGGAUCCGAUGGGCUAUGUUUCAGCAACGUGGACAACACCACCGCCAUGUUUCUUCCGUCCUUCCCAACUGAUUGCCCCUACGUGACCACCGUGGGAGCGACAACUGGCUUCCCUGAAUCGGCGGCCUGGAGGAAGCUGAGUGGCGGGGGCUACUUCACGAGUGGAGCGGGCUUCAGCAACUAUUUCGAUAUGCCCGCGUACCAGGCCGAGACUGUAAAUGCAUAUGUCGACAGCCUCGGUGGGCUCUACGAUGGACUCUACAACAAAUCAGGACGCGCCUACCCUGAUAUUGCCUGCAUUGGACAAAUCUUCCCUAUCACGUGGAACGGUAGCACACUCAACCUUGUGGGCACAUCGGGUUCCUCGCCCAUCUGCGCAUCUGUCUUCACGCUGUUGAACGAUGCAUUGAUUUCUGAGGGACGCCCUCCCAUGGGUUUCCUCAACCCUUGGUUGUACAAAUGGGGUCAUACCCUGUUUACUGAUGUCACCAACGGCACGUCUGCUGGCUGCAAUACAACUGGGUUCCCCGCGACCCCUGGGUGGGAUGCGGUGACUGGCUGGGGAACCCCGUAUCUCCCGAAGCUGCUCGAUGCUUUCGGCUUGUCGAAGUAA